AUGUCAUUUUACAGAAUUGUAACGUCAUGUUGUGACGGCAUGUUCCUUUUUAUGACUUUUCACAGUGACAAAUUGGAGCGUUGAAGUUUGUUAGUGCAAAGAAAACUAGGCAGUUUUGAAUGGCGACUGGAAAUGAAGCUUGUCGGUAUCGAGCCAAUGAAAUUAUGCCACGUCAUAAGGAGUCAGGAAGUACUUGGGUGGGAAGGAAGGAAGGAGGGAAAAAGCCGAGCAAUGAAGUUUGAAUAAGUUUCCAACAGCUGAGUGGGCAGCAGCAGUCGGUGUAGGACGUCCUGUCCGACUGUCUGUCAACACUUGUCUCGGUCGUGAUCUAGAACUCCACGAAGCAUGUCGUUCAUUCUCAUGAAGAAGAAGAGAUUUGAAUUUAAAGUGGAUUUCUACUUGGAGGAGUUGUCGUCGGUCCCCUUUGUCAACGGCGUCUUAUUUUGUAAAGUUCGCCUCGUACAUGGUUCCUUCGUCCAAGAGUCUUCUCGGGAACCCGUCCAAGCCAACUGUGUGCACUGGAAGAAGAGAUUCUCCUUCAUGUGUAAGAUGAGCGCCAAUGCUCGGACAGGUGUAUUGGACCCGUGUGUGUGUCGGGUAUCGGUGCGCAAGGAAUUGAAGGGUGGGAAAGCAUUUGCAAAGCUGGGCUUUGCUGACUUAAACCUGUCUGAGUUUGCUGGGUCGGGCAGCACUACAAGAAGAUGUCUCCUGGAGGGAUAUGACACUAACAAAACCAGACAAGACAAUUCUAUUCUCAAGGUGGUUAUCACAACACAACUUAUGUCUGGAGACCCCUGCUUUAAAACCCCCCCAUCUACAGCUAUGACACUGGGUAUUCCUCAGACUGAGUCAGAGUGUCUACUCAAGGAGCGCAAAGGAGGAGACAUGCCCAUAUCUAAUUCAGCAACAGGGACUCCAGUUCUCGAGAAAAGGCUUACCAGUGGCCACACAAGAACAUCAAGCUACACCAGUCAACAGUCCAAAGUCUCAGGUUACAGCUCAAAUAAUUCCAGUUCACCAGAUCUGAGCCACCGACGGAACGCGUCAGGUGGUUCUACCUCAAUAGGAAUUGACAGCAUCCCGGAGCCCAAUGAGCAGCAGGCAGACAGAUUAGAAAAGGAGAGCCGGUCCUCUCCUCCAAACUGCCAUCAUACAACAGAGCCGAGCUCCACACCUGCUAAGGCUUCAAGACAUCCAGUCAAGCAGAACUCAGUGGAGAAUCAGCUGAUGCGAGUGAACGCCACGAGAGUCGACGCAGACGACAUCAUUGACAAAAUUCUGCAGGGCCAGGAUUUCAGUCACAGUAUCUUGGACUCCAGUACGGAGGAGGAAGGACUCAGCUUGUUUGUCGGUCCUGGCGGGAGCACAGCUUUGGGAAGCCAGCACAGUCGGGUCGCGGCGGGAGCAUUCGAGCAGGUGGUCAUCAAGCGCUAAGCUUUCGAAAGCAUGCGACUUUCUCGAGGGGUGCCGUAUUUCACCGAUGCAUUUGGAUGUAGUACCAGAACUUGCAGUACUAUACAGUACAGGAAUUACCUACAGCAUCUGUAGAUCAGGUGUAUGAGGUUUUGGCAACUGAGCAGGCAUCAGUCAUUCUGUAAUCUGUGUACAUUUUGAGAAAAGUUUGUUAUUAUUGUUAGAAAUAUAAAGUUAUUCAAUGCUGCUUCCAAUAUUUGAGCAUACAUUAUGUGUUUGGGUGUCAUUUGGGUAAGAUAAAGAUUGUGUUAGUACUCUGGGUGUGACAAAAUAACGAAAUGGUGAUUAUAUCGUGAUACUUUGUUAGGCCUGCACAAUAUAUCGUUUGAACAUUGCCAUCACAAUGUGCACGUACGCAGUAGUCUCAUUGCUUUACUUUCGAUUGUUUUUUGUUAAAAGUAAACUUUUGUUUUUCUUCAUGAAAGCAACAAUUUUGCAGAGACGUAGCUUCUUUUUAUAUACACCAAUCUUCAUCAUUCACUGAUAAAUCUCCUUAGCCCGGAUUAAACGGUAUUAAUACCAGGGAUGUCCCGAUUGCAUAUUUUUGCACCUGAGUCUGAGUCACCUGAUUUAGAGACCUAAAACAUCUGUUAGAAAACCCUAUAUGUCCUCCCAAUAAUAUAUUUUAUGAAACACUGAGUGUACGUACAACAAAAUGUAAGAUGUUUACUUGCCUAUGCAAAAUAAGGUUAAUCUGAACAACAAAGUGCUUGGUUUUGUGUCUUUUGUCAUGCUUCUGUUGUAAAAUCCAGUCAAAUUGCAUGGAAAAUCAAAAAUAUACAUGGCCAUAAGAGUUGUUGGUCACUUUAUGACUGCUAUGCGGCCUUC